ACGCCUACAGAAUUAACUUCCACUUUUUCCGGGAGCCGACACUAACGUCAUAUAAACAAAGCGCAGCAUGUCCUCUAUGAGUUUUAAGUUUGUUUGUUACUUUUUUAUUUAAACUUUUACACAAAACAAUGUAAUAAUGAAGUUUCUGUAAGAUGGCUUACGGAAGCGCUUUAUUGGAUCUUCUGCUUCUUGUAGUUCUUCUUCUCCGUUCCUCCUCAGCAGAUCCACACUCUCUGCAGUAUCUCCACACUGGACUCCCACCAGGAACACAUUUCCCAGAGUUCACUGCUGUUGGUCUGUUUGAUGGACAGCAGUUUGUGUACCAUGACAGCAACAUCAGCAGGAUGAUCCCAAAGACACAGUGGAUCCAGAAGAUCAGUGCAGAUUACUGGGACAGAGAGACUCAGAAGCAGUGUGUUAAUCAGGAAAUCUUCAAAAUUCACCUGGAUGUAAUAAAGCAGAAGUUUAAUCAGACUGAAGGAGUUCAUACUCUACAGAGGAUGUACGGCUGUGAGAUUGAUGGUAACGGCACCACUAGAGGAUACGAUCAGUACGGUUAUGAUGGAGAAGAUUUCUUCAGUCUGGAUCUGAACACUGGAAGCUGGACUGCAGUUAUUGAUGAAGUUGAGAUCUUUAUAAACAGAUGGGAUCCUAUAAGAACUGAGGCUGAAUACUGGAAGAACUUCCUGGAGACUGAGUGUAUCAACUGGAUAAAGAAGUUCAUUUCUCACAGCAGAGAGACUCUGGAGAGGAAAAUUCCUCCUGCAGCAUCUGUGUUCCAGAAAAACUCGUCGUCUCCAGAGGUGGUGUGUCAUGCUACAGGUUUCUUCCCCAAAGCACUGAAUAUCUCCUGGCAGAAGGACGGAGUGGACGUGUAUGAAGACGUGGAGCUCAGAGAGACGUUACCCAACCAGGAUGGAAGCUUCCAGAAGAGGAGCAUUCUGAAAGUCUCAGCUGAGGAGCUGCAGAAACACACCUACACCUGUGUGAUUGAGCACAGCAGCUUGGAGAAGGAGAUGGUGCUCAAAGUACCAAAAGGUGGAGGAUCAGAUGGAGGACUGAUUGUGAUUGGGAUCGUCGUUGGUGUGGUCGUGUCUCUCCUUUUUCUUGUUAUUGUUGUUGCUGGAAUUGUGGUCUGGAAGAAGAAAAACUCUGGUAAAAAGAGGAAAAAAACAGGAUUUAAACCUGUUCCUGUUCCAUCCAGACCCUCCUCUAAAGGAGAUUCUUCCUCCAGUAACUCCUAAAGUGUGAGAGUGUGU